AUGGCCGACGACGCUUCCCCGUCGACGGCUGCCCGCCCAUCAUUGCGUCAUGCAAAUAACGGCCCCAACGGCAGCAGCAAAACAGACGGCGGCGGCAGCAGCAGCACCACCACCCACAACAACAUCCCGAGCACAGGCGUGAGCUCCGGCGUCAGCGCGCCGCCCGGCCACGCCAUUCGCCGCGCCAGGACCGUCGCCGAGAGCAACCCCGGCGCGGCCCGCUGGGUGCCGCCGUCCUCGACGCGCCGUCUCUCGUCUGAUUCCAGCGGCUUCGAGCCGCCACCAUCGCGGGGAAACCCGCCACCGUUCAGACGGAGCUCCAACUUUUCCGAUCGCGGUCUCAACGACGCCCGCGCGAUCCUGAACCCGCACGCCAAGGCCGCCCAGGGCACCGCCGCCGACCAACCCCCGGAGCUCUCGUCGCUGGCCGGCCUGUCGCUGGCCUUUGCGCUGCUGCCUGCCCUGGCCGGCGCGCUGUUCACGGGCGGCGGCGCCGUGGCGACGGACAUCAUGUUGCUGGGCCUGGCCGGCGUCUUUCUGCACUGGUCCGUCACGCAGCCUUGGCUGUGGUACCACUCAGCGCAGCAGGUGCGCAUUCAACACGAAGCCAAUUCUGCAGAUGAAGUCUUUGAUGACGAUAGCGACGACGACGACGACGACGGCGACGACGACGAGGAAUUCGUAGAUGGAGCUUCGCACCUGGACCACGUCCCCGAAGAAGACGCGCUGCGCUCCAAGAAUGACGAGUCCACGCCAGAAAAGAAGACACCAUCGCCCUCGCAGCAAUCGGCCCUCAGCGAGCUCUACCUGCACGAAGUCACGGCCCUCCUAUCGUGCUUCUCGCUGCCGCUCAUCAGCGCCUUCAUCCUGCACAUGAUUCGCUCCCAGCUGAGCCGGCCGUCCGAGGGCCUCGUCUCCAACUACAACCUGACCAUUUUCAUCCUCGUCUCCGAGGUGCGCGUGCUCUCGCACAUGAUCAAGCUGGUGCAGGCCCGCACGCUGCACCUGCAGCGCGUCGUGCACAGCAACCCCUUUGGCGCGCUGCCCGCCGCCAACAGCGUGCGCAUCAACGCCAUCCUCGAGCGCCUCGACGCACUCGAGUCCGACUCGGCCGCCGCCGCUGCCGCCGCCCGCACCGCCGCUGCCGUGCUGUCCGAGCAGGACGAGGACGAGGAGACGAACGAGUCGGCCAAGGCCGCGCAAGAGGCCGUCCUCGCCAAGGACAUCCGCGGCGCCAUCCAGCCCGAGCUCGACGCGCUCAACCGCGCCGUGCGCCGCUACGAAAAGAAGUCGACGCUGCUACAGUCCCAGGUCGACGCCCACUUUGCCGCCAUGGACGCGCGCGUCCAGGACGCCAUUGCGCUGGCCGCCGUCGCCGCCAAGAACAGCGCCCGCAGCAGCAUCCUUGUGCGCGGCUUCGACGCCGUCGUCAAGAUUGUGCUGUUUCCGUUCCACGCCGUGCUGCAGCUCCUACUCCUGCCCGCCCGCUGGGUGCUCUCCUUUACCCGCGCCGGCGGUGGUGCAAGGAAAAAGGGCACGCCCAACGGCGCGCAGACAGGCGGCAAGCCGUCGAGCCGGAGCACGCGAGGGAGCAAGACGACUGGCCAACCGCGCUACAAUGGCGAUAAGAUGCCUUCACGCCUGGCACGGAAGUGA